GUCGCUCGCGCUUUCCAGCCGCGGAGGCGCUUGUAUAAAUGCCCCACCGAGUUCAUACUCGAUCUCCAAGAACAGGAAGAAGAAGCAUCUUGUUCCGGCGGAAAUAUGGCUCUGCAGGCUUCGAUUCUUCCGUCUGCUCUCUCCCAUCGCAAAGAGGGGAAGGGGAGCAAUGGAGUGCUGAAGGAAUCGGCAUUCCUCGGGGGCUCUGUUCUUGGGCAUCACAUGGCUGGAAUUCAACUCCCUGUUCUUCGAUGUCAAAGGCAGGCGAAAUUGUCGGUGAAGGCGCAGUCGACGGCGGAGGCGGUGGUGACGGCGGAGGGGGUGGCGGCGCCGGGGCUCAACCAGGCGUCGUUGCAGGGGAAGAAGGUGCUCCGCCAGGGCGUGGUGGUGAUCACCGGCGCCUCGUCAGGGCUGGGCCUGGCGACGGCCAAGGCCCUGGCGGAGUCCGGGAAGUGGCACGUCGUGAUGGCGUGCCGCGACUUCCUCAAGGCGGAGAAGGCGGCGAAGGCGGCCGGCAUGGCGAAGGGCAGCUACACCAUCGCGCACCUCGACCUCGCCUCCCUCGACAGCGUGCGCCAGUUCGUGGACGCCUUCCGGCGCAGCGGCCGCCCGCUCGACGUGCUCGUCUGCAACGCCGCCAUCUACCGCCCGACCGCCCGCAAGCCGACGUACACCGCCGACGGGUACGAGAUGAGCGUCGGCGUCAACCACCUCGGCCACUUCCUCCUCGCCAACCUCCUCCUCGACGAUAUGAAGCAGUCCGACUACCCUUCCCGCCGCCUCAUCAUCGUCGGCUCCAUCACCGGUAAUACGAACACGUUGGCCGGAAACGUGCCGCCCAAGGCGGGGCUGGGUGAUCUCCGCGGACUCGCCGGCGGGUUGGACGGCAGGAGCAGCUCCGCCAUGAUCGACGGCGGCGAGUUCGACGGCGCGAAGGCCUACAAGGACAGCAAGAUAUGCAACAUGCUGACGAUGCAGGAGUUCCACCGGAGGUUCCACGAAGAGACGGGGAUCGCGUUCGCGUCACUCUACCCGGGCUGCAUCGCCACCACCGGCCUCUUCCGCGAGCACGUUCCCCUCUUCCGCCUCCUCUUCCCGCCCUUCCAGAAGUUCAUCACCAAGGGCUUCGUCUCCGAGGAGGAAUCCGGCAAGCGGCUGGCUCAGGUCGUGAGCGACCCGAGCCUGACCAAAUCGGGCGUCUACUGGAGCUGGAACAAGGACUCCGCCAGCUUCGAGAACCAGCUGUCGGAGGAAGCCAGCGACGCCGCAAAGGCCAAGAAGGUUUGGGAGAUCAGCGAGAAGUUGGUCGGCUUGACCGAUUGAUUUGUUGCAGUCGAUGGACCUUCCGCCAUUGUUAGCAGAGAGCACUUCGUCUUCGGUUUUACUUUCCUUUCCGAUAAAUAAAACAACAAGCACGUCGUCUGCUUUCUUUUGA